AUGAAAAAAGCCGAAGAUAAAAUAUAUCAGGAAAUACAUAAUGAAGAAGAAUAUAAAAAAUUAUUUGAUGAAAAAAAUGACAUUCUUUAUAUAAUAGACGUCUAUACCAAAUGGUGUGGACCAUGCCUUUUCACUUUUGAAAUAAUUAAUAAGAUUUAUAAAAGUUAUUGUACCUUUUCACAAAGUGUCAAAAUAUUUGCUGUAUGUGCACAAACAAUUGCAUCAUUAAAAAAUUAUGACAAUAACUCGAAACCCUUUUAUAUAAUAUUAAAAAAUGGAGAAAUUAUUGGGCAAAUCAUAGGCUGUAACACACCGCAUAUAUUUUCAUUGAUCGAUGAACAUUUGGAGAAUAAGUUGAAUUGA